AUGCAUUUCAAUCUAGGCACCGCUCUUCUGGGCGCUUUUGCACUUUUAACCUCUAGUGGACUUGCAGCCGAUUCAGCGGUUUGGGUUGACCCAGAAACUGGUUUCACCUUCUCCCAAUAUGCCGCCGCCUUCGAGAUUGGAAAGACGGUCACCUUUCGAAUCGCCAUUCCAAGCACGGCAACUGCCUCGGCGCCCUACGAUGCUGUGCUUCAGAUAGCCGCACCCAUUGCAGUAGGCUGGACUGGCAUUGCCUGGGGCGGCACCAUGGUCACCAACCCUCUCACGGUCGGGUGGGCCAACGGCAACAGCGCCGUGGCUACAGCGCGGUGGGCUACUGGCCACACGGCGCCAAGCGUCUACAGCGGCGCGACGCUCCAGGUGUUGAAGACGGGCACGCACACCAAUUCGACACACUGGCAGGUCACAUUCAAGUGCACCGGGUGCACCACGUUUGCCGGAUCCAGCGGCAACAAGACGCUGACGCCCACGGGGUCCAACCGCCUCGCUUUCGCCUACUCCAAGAGCAAGCCCACCACUCCGUCGUCGGGUUCCUCCAGCUUUCCUGUGCACGAUGUGACCAACUACUGGAACCACGACUUCUCCUCGGCGGCGAAUGCCAACUUUGCUGCUCUUGUCACAAAGAACAGUUAA